AUGCAUACAAUUGAAAACUUCAGUAAUGUUAUAAUCAGCAUAGCUCAUAUCCCCACUACUGAUACAUUUUGGGUCACGUCAGGAAGUUGUCAUGCUAGAAUAUUCGAUGUUCAAACAGGUGAAGACGUAACAGAAUAUGUUAAUACUUUUAUGAAUUGGGAAAAACGUCCUUAUCAGUUACGUUUGAUCACUUUUUGCCCAGACUUAAAUAUGAUAGUUGGUUCUACAAGUCGUCAGUAUUUAAUAGUCUGGAAGUACAACAGCGAGUCAAGUGCAUUAACACUUAAAACAGAAAGUGGAAUCCAGUGUUUGUGUGCAAGUUACAAACCACCCUUUUCAAUAUUUUCUUCUGGAUCCAAUAAUCAUCUUUCUAGAUGGGAACGUAAAGGUCAAACCCAUUUCUCAUAUGUUCGACAAGAAGAAACGAUACACGAGUCAAUUGAUAAAAAAUUAUCUGAAUGGUUACAAGAGAAAUUACGUACACAAGCUGUACAGACAAAAGAAAUAGAAAAAUUAAAAGCAUCAUUACCCAAAACGUUAUUAUUACCUAAUAAUAAUAAUAAUAUGUAUUCAGCUAAGCGGUCAAUGACUCCCUAUACAUAUCUUCAAAGUAAAUUACCAAUUGGAAUAAAAUCUAGACAAAAUACAGUGGCCAUGAUCAACUGUCAAAACUCAACUGCUUAUAAUACAAAAGAAAUAGUACUUAACAAGAAACGGGCAAAAAAUUUCCUUAGGAUGAUUUAUAUAGACGAACUGGAUUUUGUAGUUGCAGCCUGUGAAGAUGGAGUGGUUUAUGUCCUUGGUUACGAUUUGCAAGCAACUAAAAAAUUCUUAACUGAUGCAUUAUGUAACGAUGAAAAUGAAUCAAGAAGUAAUUUUAAAACACCCAAUGAGAUGAAGUCACAAAGUAAUGUUACAAAAGAUUUCAGGGAAAUAAUUUUAAAUUCACCAAAACUGUUGAAGGUAUUCAAUAAAUUAAGAGGAACUGAUCAAGAAGUGGAAAAUACAGACGCGCAUAAUUGUACAAGUGAAGAUUUGAACCCUGAAAUGAAUAUGCAGUCAAAUCCUUUGAUAACAAUGGCUGAAGAUAAACAGACUUUAGAAUCUGUUAGUCGACAUUUAUUCGGAAUGAAAUGUCGUUAUGUAUUGGUUGAACAUAAAGAUUCAGUAACGUGCCUUUUAUAUAUAGAUUACAAAAUGCAUCCUAUUCACCAAUGGAUUCUGCUUACUUCUGGAUGGGAUCGUUGCAUAUGUAUAUGGAAUUUAAAAUCUGGCAAAUUAAUUGAUAAAUUCCUCGAAACACAAUGCUUGAACCAAAACCCUAGCCAGAAAGCCUCCAAAGGCGCAAUAUUAGACAUGGCAUAUAAUUCUGAAUUUAUAUUCUGUUUGCGAAAAACAGUUAAACUAAACAUAAUCUAACUUGAUAUGGUUUUGAAAAGACUUAUUAAGUUCAAGAAUCUUGUCAAAAGACGUAAGUGAUUUCUUUCUUUGUAUCAUAGUAAAAAUUAAAUUCCAGUUAUGGUUAUCAAAGAUUUCGUAGUUGAUUUGUUCCUUUAGACUGAGCGUUAGUUGGUAAAUGUUUUAAUCUCAAGCUGCACUACUAUUCAU